UACGUACGUGCGUGUGGUUGUCAGAUCUGCGAUGUGACGCAAACGCGCUACUUCCGAGUAGGAGAAAGAGAACUGCGCGGCAAAAGAAGGGGGACACAAACAAAAACAUGUGGCGGAGGCUGAGAGGAUAAACGGUACUGCAGGUGAGGAGACACAUACAGACUGAAACCAGACGUCAUGGGUUUGCACUCGGCCCAGAAGAAGCACUUCCCCCUUCGAGGGAUUGACGGCGUGGUCCAACUCUUCGAGGCCGAGCUCUGCAAGCCCGAGCCGGACCUCGCCCUCCUCUCGCUGGUCCUGGGCUUCGUGGAGCACUUCCUCGCCGUGAACCGGGUCGUCCCCAUCAACGUCCCCGGCGUCCAGUUCGAACCGCUGGAGCCGGACUGCCCCAACUCCUGCUUCCCCACCGUGGAGCUGGGGAUGAUCUCGGCGCUGUACGAGCGCUUCACGGCCCAGAUCCGCGGGGCGGUGGACCUGUCGCAGUACCGGAGGACACCUGCAGGGUCCAGCAGGGAGCUGGUGAAGAAAGUGUCCGACGUGAUCUGGAACAGCCUCAGUCGCUCUUACUUCAAGGACCGGGCGCACAUCCAGUCGCUCUUCAGCCUCAUCACAGGCACCAAACUGGACAGCUCGGGGGUGGCUUUCGCGGUGGUGGCGGCGUGUCAGGUGUUGGGGCUGAAGGACGUCCACCUGGCUCUGUCCGAGGACCACGCCUGGGUCAUAUUCGGCAAAAACGGCGAGGAGACGGCGGAGGUCACCUGGCACGGGAAGGGUAACGAGGACCGGAGAGGACAGACGGUCACGGCAGGAGUCAAUGAGAAGAGCUGGCUGUAUCUGAAGGGCUCCUACAUGAAGUGUGACAGGAACAUGGAGGUGGCCUUCAUGGUCUGCGCCAUCAACCCGUCUCUGGACCUUCACACCGACAGCUCUGAGCUGCUGCAGCUACAGCAGAAGCUCCUCUGGCUGCUCUAUGACCGAGGGAACCUGGACAGAUAUCCGAUGGCUAUGGGGACGCUGGCAGACCUGGAGGACCAGGAACCGAUCCCAGGAAAGGAGAGUCCCCUGAACAUCCACCUCAAGGCCGUGAGUUCUGCUCAGAAACACUACAACAACGAGCACAUCUACCCCUACAUGUACCUGGCAGGUUUCCACUACAGACACCGGGACGUUCGCGAGGCCCUGAGGUCCUGGGCCCAGGCCGCUCAGGUCAUGCAGGAAUACAACUACUUCCGCGAGGACGAGGAGAUCUACAAGGAAUUCUUUGACAUCGCCAACGACGUCAUCCCCACUCUGCUGAAGGAGACGUCUUCUGCUGCAGAGAGUCCUGGGGAGGGAGGAGACGGGGGAGACGGAGCCGACAAGGAUCACCCUAAACAGGCCGCGGUCUUCUCAGCACUCCAAGACCCAGAAUGCUUUGCACACCUGCUGCGUUUUUACGACGGCAUCUGCAAGUGGGAGGAGGGAAGCCCCACGCCGGUCCUUCACGUGGGCUGGGCCACGUACCUGGUCCAGUCUCUGAGUCGCUUCGACGCUCAGGUGCGUCAGAAGGUGUCGAUCAUCACCAAAGAGCCCGAGUCCCAGGACGACGACGACCAGUCCAGCGAGGACCCCCGCGAAGGCCGCAGACGAGGCCCGAGGAGGGAGUCCAGGCUGGAGGACCAGAACUCACCUCCUCCUGCUCCUCCUCCUCCUGGAGCUCCCACCUCCCCGUCCUCCCAGUCGUCAACAACAACAACAACAACAACAACCACCACAACCACAGCUCAGCCCAAGAAGGUCGGGGAGGGGGGCGUCCGCCGCCGCUCCUCUCAGGGGCUACGAGCUGCAGACUCGGAAGGAAAACCGAAAUCCCCGAGCCCGAGCCCGGCGUCCUCGCCCACGUCCCAGCAGCAGCAGCAGCAGCAGGCGUCCAUGUCCCCGUCCCCGCCGGGUCCCGUGGUCGCCUUCCAGAGCGAGAAGAUGAAGGGCAUGAAGGAGCUGCUGUGCGCGGCCAAGGUGAACUCGAGCGCCAUCAAGCUGCAGCUCACCGCCCAGUCCCAGGUCCAGAUGAAGAGGCAGAAGAGCACGCCGGCCGGAGACUACUCCAUGUCCUUCAUGAAGCGCCAGCGCAAGUCACUGUAAAAAAAAACAAAACAAAGCUAGAGCCGUAGGAGGCGGUAGGAGGCGGUAGGAGAUACUGUGAACAGCAUCAGCAGGGACGUUCUGUCUGUCAGCGAAAAAAAAACAAAAAACUAAUAAUAAUAAUAAUAAUAAUAAUAAAUGAAAACCAGUGUUUUCUUAUCCGGGGGGGGGAUUUUACACCCUCUCGAUCUGGAUCGAAAGCGUCACAUAUCAGGUUUGAACUGAAGGAGUGAACAUUUCAUUCUCGUCUUUAUUUAAACACGUUUAGCUCCCGGGGGGAACCUGCCCCGGGUUUUUAUUUUUGUUAUUUUUCUAGAUAGGUCACAGGCGUUCACUCAUCAGUAGUUUGUGUUUUUUAAUUGGCAGCCAAUUGCACACGGACGCGUGGAGGCCAAACGCAAACCUACAGACAUGUAAAUAUCAGCUGUUUUGUCGACUGAAGCC